AUGCUGUUCAGAGUAGCUACACCUUCAGUAUGCCUCGCCAAGAGGUCAUUUACGACAUCUCUCGCCUUCCGAGCCGGUCCCAAGAUCGGUACACAAGAGGCGGCACCUCCAGCUGUAGCUCCUCAAGCUCGUUCGAGCCCAUAUGUUGUUGACCCUGCUCAACAAUCUCGACCAAGCCCUCUUGCCGAUGCUACUCCCGCUGAUAUCAAUCCCGUUGAUCCCAAUCAACCACGAGCCAACCCUCUUAUCGGCAGUGUUCCUCCUCCCCCUCCUGCCGGCACUACCUCCACCGAAUCUAAGCCCAGUGGACACAACUACGAUGCGACCAAACCAUUCACACUCGAUAUUGCUUCCAUCAUCGCCUCAAGGGCCAGCACAUUCUCCGAUACAGCCUCGGACCCCGUGACUCGUCCUCAGAUCCGUGCCAAGCCCGUCACCGGCCGCACAGUUUUUGUCAAGGACAGAAUAACCAAGACAAGCGGGCCUACGCCCAUGGUUGCUCUCCGUGUCCUCAACAGAAUGGUGCGAGAUGAUCAGGUCAAGAACAAGUUCCACAGUCAAAAGUUCCACGAGCGAAAGGGUCUUAAGAAGAAGAGACUUAGAAGUCAGAGAUGGCGAUCACGAUUCAAGCAUGGUUUCAAGGCGACCGUAAGCAGAGUUAUGGAGCUUAAGAAGCAGGGAUGGUAG